GGCCAAUUCCCUCACAGGAACAAUCAGAAUUUGAACUUGAGGAGUUGCAACCCUGUUGAUACUGGAUACUUUCUGGAAGGGGCUAGUGGAAGCAGACAAAGGAAGUGGAUAGGCAGUGACCAUGGCAGCCUCCAAUCUCACUUCCAUGCACCCCUCAUUCUUCCUGCUGAUGGGGAUCCCGGGCCUGGAACACCUGCAUAUCUGGAUGUCCAUUCCCUUCUGCUCAGCCUAUACACUGGCCCUGCUUGGCAACUGCACCCUGCUCUUCGUCAUCCAGGCUGACACAGCCCUCCAUGAGCCUAUGUAUGUAUUUCUAGCCAUGCUGGCAACAAUUGACCUGGUUCUGUCCUCUUCCACAUUGCCCAAGAUGCUGGCCAUUUUCUGGUUCCAGGACAGGGAGAUCAACUUCUAUGCCUGUCUGGUCCAGAUGUUCUUUCUGCAUUCUUUCUCUAUCAUGGAGUCAGCGGUGCUGCUGGCCAUGGCCUUUGAUCGCUAUGUGGCCAUCUGCAAGCCACUACACUACACCACGGUCCUGACUGGGCCCCUCAUCACCAAGAUCGGCGUGGCUGCUGUGACUCGGGCCGUGGCUCUGAUGACUCCACUCCCCUUUCUGCUCAGACGCUUCUACUACUGCCGUGGUCCAGUGAUUGCCCACUGCUACUGUGAGCACAUGGCGGUGGUGAGACUGGCCUGUGGAGACACUCAUUUCAACAACAUCUAUGGCAUUGCUGUGGCCAUGUUUAUAGCGGCGUUUGACCUGCUCUUUGUUGUUCUCUCUUACAUCUUUAUCCUUCGGGCAGUUCUACAGCUUGCCUCUCAGGAGGCCCGCUACAAGGCUUUUGGGACCUGUGUGUCUCACAUAGGGGCCAUCUUAGCCUUUUAUACACCUGCAUUGAUCUCUUCAGUCAUGCACCGUAUAGCUCGCCGGGCUGCCCCACAUGUCCACAUUCUCCUGGCCACUUUCUAUCUGCUCUUCCCACCCAUGGUCAACCCCAUUAUCUAUGGUGUCAAGACCAAGCAGAUUCGUGAUCGAGUUCUAGGACUCUUUCUGAGGAAGGAUGUAUAA